GUCCAUUGUACAGCGGCCAAGCAGGCUGCCAACACAACGAAACAAAUAUUGAUUGAACCCUCCGCCAUGAAUCGUGGUACCAGCAACCGUGUCGUAUUUUGGUAGAUGUGGUAUCAGUCAGGUUAUGAUAACCGUAAACUCGCACACUAUUGUUUUUACAGCUAUAUUUUUGAGGUUAUGUUAUGUUUUGGAAAAGACUUUUCGAAUUUUCGAAACGCAAUUACGUUGUAGUGAAAACCGUGAAUGGACACUGUCGCCAUUUCGGUAUUUACGACCAAAAGAUGGAUACGUUUUUUAAAAAUCAGACGUUGUUCGUCGUGAUUGGAUGUACCGGUACUGGGAAAACAAAAUUAGGAGUAAAACUUGCCAAAGAGCUUGAUGGUGAAGUGGUGUCAGCUGAUUCUAUACAAGUGUACAAGGGGUUGGAUGUGGCAACGAAUAAAGCGACCGAAGAAGAAAUGCAAGGAAUCACUCACUAUAUGAUGGGUACUGUGGACUGGAGUACAGAAUUUAACGUUCACCAAUACAGAAAUCAAACUUUAAAAAUUAUUUAUGACAUUUAUUCGAGGGACAAAGUGCCAAUUUUAGUGGGAGGAACGUGUUAUUACGUAGAAUCCAUAAUUUAUGACAACUUAUUGCCCGAUAAUGUUAAUGAAGAACGACAACCAGAAGAAACCGUGACUUGCGACUUAUCCAACCAGGAGAUUGACUUGUCGUUGAACGCUUUUCGCCAGUAUCGAAUGUUUCGGCAUACUACCGACAUCGUACCAGUUCCUGACAACUUGGACUCAGCUAAGCACUUGUACUUAGAAACGUUGAGAGAAACGGUACGUUUCGUUAAGAAUAUGUUGCCAGCUUUAUCAAUCGAACUGUACCGCAAUACUUUCGUUGAUAUUGAGGAUCAGACUUUUCCCGUUCAUCUCAAUAGUGAUUUAGUCGAGUGUGAAUUAAAUGCAAUGUAUUCGCACGGUGUUCGUUGUUUGAAUGCCAUAAAAAAGACCCUUAAAAAGGGGUCAACCCUGGAAAAUGUACAGUUUGCUGUUCUAGUUGAGGACUGUCGACUUGCUGACCGGAAACCGUUCAUGCAAGAUGACGUGGAGUACUGCUUAAAUGAGUUGGUUUUAGAUUCAAACGAUAAUGGAGUAGUUAUCAAAGAGGCACUUUACAAAUUGCACUUGGAACUAGAGAUUAGGGCUGAGCGUAUAAUGCUGGCGCUGUUGGUCAACGAUGAAAAGACUGUCGUCGACCUGUUAUCGCCAGAAAGACUCAAGUUGCAUGCAUUUUAUUUCGACCCAGUGACCGCCAACACUCUCCAUCCGCACAAUACUCGCAAAGUUUUUAGGUCUAUACAAGUAUAUUUGAUGCAGGGACGAAGGCAAAGUGUUUUUUUAAAAGAGCAAAGGACGACACAAGUUGUUGGGUCUGAAACUCCUGUAAUGGCUCUUCGAUUCCGCGAAGUUCAUAUAAUGUGGCUAACAUCCGAUAUGGAAGUUUUGGACAAAAGAUUGGAGGACCGCACGGACCAAAUGGUUGAAAGAGGAUUAAUUAGUGAACUUUGUCAAUUUAAAAUAGAUCUAGUCGAUAAAAUGGGUAUAAAUGACGACGUCCAGCUGGAUUAUACUAAAGGUGUAUUACAAUGUAUAGGACCAAAACAAUUUGAGAAAUAUACAGAAAUCCCAGAAGAUAAACGUCAUACAGAGGAGAGUAAAAGAAUUUUAAAAGAAUCUGUGAUAGCAAUGAAGUGUGUAACUAAGAAAUAUGCAAGAAGACAAAUUAAGUGGAUUAAUAAUCGUUUCCUGAAAUCCAAUGAUAAACAGGCUGCAUCUGUCUAUAAAUUAGAUUGCACUGACACCAAAAAUUGGGAUCAGCUCAGUGAACAAGCUGUUUACCUGGCCAAUGUGAUUUUAGGCCGAAAGCCUAAAUUAGAUGAUACAAUUCAACCAAUGAUUAUUAGUAACCAACCUACUAUUGAACCUGUAUAUGGUACAUUUUAUUGUAAUGACUGUGCUCGAUUAUUUUCUAAUGAUAUACAGUAUAACAUUCAUAUGACAUCAAAAAAACACCAAAAAAUAUCUUUAAAAAGGAAACGAAAACUUUUAGAUUCACAGUCUAAUAAUGAUGAAACUAAAAUUUUUGAUCAUUAAUAUGUUUUAAAAUUGUAUUACAUGUUAUAGUUAUUAGAGAAUAUUAUCAAUUUUGAUAAUUCAUUGUUAAGUAAUUGUUUAAGAAAUAAUUUUUCAUUCUUGUUGUUAAUAUAUAUGUUUAUAUUCCUUUAUAUUUUAUUAAUUUCUUUAAUCAACUAUUAGGCUAUUAUGAAUUUGUAUGUUUAUUUUUAUUUUGAUAAAAUUAUCUAAUAUUAGUUUUAGGUAAAUGAAAAUGUUAUUUUAUAAAGAACAAGACUGAUGAUACUAUUGUUAUUGUAUAUAAAUAUUUUAUUGUUGAAUAUG